AUGUCACAUGUCGGCCAUGUUUGCAGGGAACCACGAAGGAUCGCCAUACAUCGCGGGUCGACGGGUCUGGGUUUUAAUAUCGUUGGUGGAGAAGACGGGGAAGGAAUUUUUAUCUCGUUUAUCUUGGCGGGGGGACCAGCCGAUCUCAGUGGAGCCCUGCGGAAGGGAGAUCAGAUCCUGUCUGUGAACGGUGUGGAUCUGAGGAACGCAACGCAUGAACAAGCAGCGCUCGCUCUGAAGAACGCAGGACAGACUGUCACCAUCAUUGCACAAUACAAACCGGAAGAGUACAGCCGGUUUGAGGCCAAAAUCCACGACUUGCGGGAGCAGCUGAUGAACAGCAGUCUGGGCUCUGGAAGCGCCUCCCUGAACAACACCAAUGGCGGCAAACGAGGAUUCUACAUCCGGGCGCUCUUUGACUAUGACAAGACGCGGGAUUGCGGCUUCCUCAGCCAGGCUCUGAGCUUCAAGUUUGGGGAUGUUCUGCACGUCCUUGAUGCCACGGAUGAGGAAUGGUGGCAGGCUCGGCGGGUGCUGCCGGAGGGGGAGGAGAUCGGCUUCAUCCCCAGUAAGAGAAGGGUGGAGGUCCAUAAUGCUCAAUGUCUUAGAUGGUGUUACAUUAGUGAUCGAAGCAGCACCACAGGCUCCCAGAGUCGGGAAGACGUCGUCCUCAGUUACGAGUCCGUCGCACAGAUGGAAGUUCAUUAUGCUCGUCCAAUCAUAAUCCUCGGUCCCGGGAAGGACCGAGUGAACGAUGAUCUUCUUUCUGAGUUUCCAGACAAGUUUGGCUCCUGUGUCCCCCAUACAACGCGCCCCAAGCGGGACUACGAGGUGGACGGCAGAGACUAUCACUUUGUCUCCUCUCGGGAGAAGAUGGAGAAGGACAUUCAGAGUCACAAGUUCAUUGAAGCCGGGCAGUAUAAUGGCCACUUAUACGGGACCAGUGUGCAGAGUGUGAGAGAGGUCGCAGAGCAG